UCUUAUUCUUUAUUUACGUAGCGAAAACAUCAGUCGCCAUGUUUCACGUCAAACGGUGUUCAACUAGUUUGCGAAGCGUUCGAGUUAUUUGUGUACGCUAGUAGUUUUGGGAUUUCACGAACUGUUCGGAAUGGUGUUGCUAAUCAGUAAUUCAGUGACGUGCUAAACGUCAUAAUGCGACAGUGAUCCGCGAGAAGACGGUUGUAAGUGGCAUACAGAGUGGCUCUUUUUAGUGUGCUGUUUCUAUUUUGGGAAAUCAAUAAAAUAUGUCGAAUAACGCGGUGUCAAUUAUGUUAUUCUUAUCAGCAAGAUUGCCGCUCAUUAUCAGCUAGCGGUACUGAAUUAACUUGUCGUGGUUCUCCAUCGCGAUUGCAUGCACACACGGCUCGCCACUAAUCCAGCGAAAACCAGUGGUUUUAAAUUUUCUCGGCAUCAGCAGUACCGAACUUGCCCCCGAAGCGUUUGGUUCACUGAAGAUAGUGUAAAUAUUUUGCCACAGAUUAAAGACACUUGUUUGACUAAUAGAGCCAGUGACGCGCACACCACUGACUGAUUCAGGCUGCAGCGGAGACUCUCAACAUUAUGCAACACAUAUAAAUAUAGAAGAGAACGUGGUGUGCGAAGUUUUGUCGCCUGUCAACCAGAAGGAAGCUACUUUUAAUCUGGGUGCUAUUUACGAAAUUCUACGUUGAUCCAUUAUCUACAACCGCGGCCGCAGGAAUUCCACACGAGAAUACCAUUAUGGGCACGGCAGAGCGAAGCAAGUUGAUCGGUGUUAUCGACGAAGGGACCAGCAUCACCCGCUUUGCGAUUUUCAGACUGCCCGACUUCGAAGAAAUUUGCUCCCACGAGCUGAGCAUCACUCAGAUAAUCCCUCACGAGGGUUGGGCAGAGCAGAAUCCGGUUGAGAUACUGGAAGCCGUACGAUUGUGUGCCGUCGAAGCGUGUCAUAAGCUGGAACAGCUUGGUUACGAGAUAAGAGACAUCGCAUCGAUUGGGCUUACCAACCAGCGCGAAACUACGGUUGUGUGGGACAGAAAAACCGGCGAGCCGCUGUACAACGCCAUCGUGUGGGACGAUAUUAGAACAAAUUCCACGGUUGAUAAGGUGCUCGCACGCCUACCGGAACAAAACCACAACCACUUUCGAUCGAUAUCGGGUCUGCCGAUUUCGCCGUACUUUUCCGCCCUCAAACUGCAAUGGCUGAAGGAAAAUGUCUUCGCCGUUCGGCGGGCGUGCCGAGAGAAGCGCUGCUAUGCCGGAACUAUCGACACGUGGCUGCUAUGGAAUCUGACUGGCGGAGUCAACGGGGGAGUCUUCGUGACCGACGUCACCAACGCUUCCCGCACGCUCUUGAUGAACAUUGAAACCCUGCACUGGGAUCCGCUGUUGAUAAAAACAUUCUCACUGCACGUUGAUAUGCUGCCGGAGAUUCGCAGCUCGUCCGAAAUCUACGGCAUGAUUAAAGAUGGCAGCGUUCUAGACGGUAUUCCGGUCAGUGCGAUUCUCGGCAACCAGCAGGCUAGCUUAGUUGGUCAGCAGUGCUUCCGCGAGGGACAGGCCAAAAACACCUAUCGGAAAGGUUGCUUUCUACUCUACAAUACCGGAGCAAGGUGCGUGCAUUCCACCCACGGGCUGGUAACAACAAUAGCCUACAAAAUGGGACCCAACAAACCGGCGGUGUACGCGCUGGAGGGAUCUGUUGCGGUGGCCGGUUUCGCGAUGAAAUGGCUCAGAGACAACCUCGGGUUGCUGAAAGACAUUCCAACCGACUCGGAACAGAUUGCCGGAAGUGUCUUUUCCACCGGAGAUGUCUACUUUGUACCUGCCUUUACUGGCCUCUACGCACCGUACUGGAGGAAGGAUGCCAGAGGCAUCAUUUGCGGCCUGACCAGCUUCACCACUAAGCACCAUAUCAUUCGGGCUGCCCUGGAGGCCGUCUGCUUCCAAACACGUGAUAUCAUCGAGGCGAUGAAAAAAGACUGUGGGAUAAAUCUAACCAAGCUUCACGCGGACGGUAUCAUGACCAACAACCGAUUGCUGAUGCAGCUGCAGGCGGAUUUGGGCGGGAUUCCAGUGUUAAAAACUGAAGUCAGCGAUCCGGCUGCAAUCGGGACGGCGAUGGCUGCUGCACAAGCGGAAGGAAUCGAUCUCUACAACAUGGAACCGGGCAAUCGAGACCAACAGUUCCACAUAACCCACGAGACAUUCCUACCGACCACCACCGAGGAGGAGCGAAACGCGCGCUACACGAAGUGGAAAAUGGCCGUACAGCGUAGCUUGGGCUGGGCUGUAACUAAGAAGAGUGAAGCCAUGACUGACGAACGCUACGCGCUACUUGCAUCCAUUCCGGCGAGUCUCUUCCUGGUGUCUUCCUUCCUGAUGCUGGUAUUCUCCCAAUCGCGCGCAAGGUGAUGAACGAAAGUUGGAAGCUGCUCAAACGUGCGGUUGCUGCUAGCUUUUUAGUUAGUUAGCUCUUAAAAUUGUACAUAUGCAAAACUUUGGCUAGUGCGACACGUGUCAAGACUUCGGCGUAGGGUGCUUAAUUUUACUAGAAUAUGCUUAAGAUGUUUUGGACUUCAGUAAGUCUGUUUAUUCUAUUAUAUUCAGAUGGAGAAGAGAUACUGCGUACAAAACACAUUUUUUCAGUAUCGCAACGGUCAAUGUUGGAAAAAACAUUCUAGUUCUUAAUCCGAGUAUCAGCUCUAAUAUAUGAUAUAAGACGAAGGUUUAUGCAAAUAGUUAUAGUUCUUCAAUAUUAUAUUUCCGUUGUGGCUAUAGCAUAGUGCCGCUGUAGUUAGUGCUUUAAGGUUGACUGGCCAAGUAUUGCUCACUCUUCCAAUUUAUUUCUAGUACGGUUUUUAGUAGGAAUAUGUUGUAUCGUGAUUUAUGUUACCUUGUCAGUUUUUUUUAGCUAUUUGUAUCUAUGUGAAAGACAACGACGAAUUUGAAGACUAUUAUUAUACUAAUUAUAUUAUAUUUUACCUAAAGCGUGUUGUUGGCAAAUUAUACUACGAAUGUUAU